CGGUCACGAACUCGCACGGGCGUACGGCCGUUUUGAACCCCCUCGGCGCUUUCGUCACCCUUUCGUCACCACCGUGUGUUUCGGGAUCAUAUUCCCCCCUCUCGAAUUUUGGCAGCCGCGUGAAUUCGCGCGGGUGAAUUCGAAGGGAAGUGUUAACGGACCACCGUUGAAGGACCACACACGCGAGAAUAUGACGAGGAUGAUGACCAUUACGGACGGUAUCGGGGUGGUGCUCGUCGAGUGCCAGUUUGUGUAGCGCGCGAGUGAUAAGAGGACGCGUUGAUAAAAAGUGAAGAUAAUAUAUAUAUAUAUAUAUAAAAAAAAAAAAAAGUGACGUUUGAGAAACGACAAGGAAAUUCAUCUUGAUCGAGAAUAUGUUGCCGUAUCAGGUGGCCAUGGAUUACGGGGCCUUUCAACGACAAAGCCCGGUCGGAGUCGGUGUUGGCGGACCCCAUCAGGGGCCCGCAGCGCCGCUCAACAUCAACCCCGCGUUCACGCACUCCUGGUUUGUAACACCGGCGGACCUCUGUGUCCCGUACAAACAGAGUCAGGGUCCUCUCCUCGAGCCAGGCAUCCUGGAGUUGCGCAAGGAAAAGAGCAGAGACGCGGCGAGGUCGCGACGGGGUAAGGAGAACUUCGAGUUUUACGAGCUCGCGAAAAUGCUUCCUCUACCGGCGGCCAUCACCUCCCAGCUGGACAAAGCCUCCAUAAUAAGACUAACGAUCUCGUAUCUGAAACUGCGCGACUUCUCCAGCCACGGCGAUCCGCCGUGGUCCCGCGACGGUCCACCGCCAAGCAAAUCUGUCAAAGGUGCCAACCGAGUCAGAUCGUCGUCGAAUGCGGCGAUAGAUCAUUUCGAAAUUCAUCAAGGUACCCACAUAUUACAGUCCCUGGACGGCUUCGCGAUGGCUGUCGCGGCUGAUGGUAGAUUCCUGUACAUAUCCGAGACUGUUUCGAUAUAUCUCGGCCUCUCACAGGUAGAAAUGACGGGGUCGAGCGUGUUCGAUUACGUUCAUCAGCAAGAUCACGCCGAAGUCGCCGAGCAGCUCGGCCUGGGACUUGCAACGUCGUCGUCAUCGUCGAGCACCUCGGGCGCGCAUUCGUCCAAUUCCGGUCUAGCAUCGCCGAGCAGCAGCGCGUCGGAAGAACAUGGUUCGUCUUCCACCGCGAAUCCUGACGUGUCCUCGGUAAUGUCGCUGUCAGCGACCGGACUCUACAAGGGUUACGACCGGGCGUUUUGCGUUAGAAUGAAAUCCACUCUGACGAAGAGGGGGUGUCAUUUCAAAUCGUCAGGUUACCGGGUUGUAUUGUUGCUGUGUCGUUUGAGGCCACAGUUUCUAUUUAGCCAUACAAGAAAGUCAUCCGCGCCGCCUUUGAUGGGCAUGGUCGGGCUGGCCAUCGCGCUUCCACCUCCGAGUGUGCACGAAAUUCGUCUCGAAACCGACAUGUUCGUCACACGAAUUAAUUUCGACUUUCGGAUAGCACACUGCGAACCAAAGGUUUCCGAAUUGUUGGACUACACGGCCGACGAAUUAACGGGGAAGAACUUGUACACGCUGUGCCACGGCGAAGACGCGAAUCGUCUUCGGAAGUCUCACAUAGAUCGAAAAUACUUUGGUGAAAGAACGCGGCGGGUGUCAAAGCUGUGCGGGAAGAGGGAAAAGCACGAAAGUAUUAAUACGUCGGUCUUUUCGACUGCGCGCGACCGCUUGCAGAUUUUUAUAAUUCACAAAGGACAAGUACUGACACACUACUAUCGACUAAUGAACAAAAGCGGCGGAUACACGUGGCUACAGACGUGCGCCACCGUUGUGUGCAAUUCCAAAAAUGCGGAGGAGCAAAAUAUCAUUUGCGUCAAUUAUGUUAUAAGCGGCCGAGAGUAUGAAAAUUUAAUCAUGGACUGCUGUCAGUUAGAAGACGGCGUCGCAGGCGUUAAGAGAGAAGAUACGGCCGGAAACGAUCCAGAGAAUGGAUCGCCGGACGCCGACAGAGGAGAGGGUCGUAGUCGAGGCGGCCCCGCGAAUCAACAUCAAGAACAGUCUCAUCGGUCACCGCCGGAGGAACGAGAGGAGAGCCACGCGUCGGAGAGCGAAAAACGAGGUAGUCGGCAUCACGACAAUAUGGCGCAGCUGCAGCAGGAAUCGCAGACGACGGUCGGCAACAUCAACACGCUCGUGGUGAGGUUACGCGGACACAAGCGAAAGAUUCACGAUGACGACAGCAGCUCAAACGAGGAAGAGGACGAGGAAGAGACCGCGGUGAAGGAGUCGGCGAGCGGCGAGAGAACUCGCGCGCUCAGUCCUAGCGCGACAUCGUCCACGCACUCGAUCUCGGCGACCGAGCAAACUCUUUGCUCGACCAGUCCGAAGUCUCGGCGUACCGCUGAAACGACCGGCAGGCUGGACAAUCCCGAGAGCACAGGCACCUCAGUGAAGGAUCUCGAGCAAGCAAUGUCGAAACAUCUACCGGGCAGCUCGCUGAACAAAUCCAAUUCACCUGCUGCGCUUCACCAGCCAACAGACUUCAGCACGGACGCGUUGCUGAAACAGCAGCAACAGAGAAGCACGAUACAGUGGAUCGGCGCGCAUCAUCACCUUGGCCAUUUGAGUCCGCAACAAUCUGCUGCGGCUCCCUUACCUGCCUCCGCUCUUCUCAGACAGCUGUAUGCCGCCAAUCGCGAGAGUGUGAUCCGCGCCAAUGUGCACGGAAUCACGUCGAGCGGUGGUACCCGCCCUCCCACGUCGGCCGGCAUUUAUUAUCCUGGUGAAACAGCUCCUAACGGACCUCUGCCCACGCCGCCGGGAUCUGAGAGCUCCAGUACAUACGGUGAGCAUCAGUUCGUGCUCGCCGCGCACAAUCAGAAGGGGUCCAACGGCACCAGUUGCGCCGAUGCUUUCACCAGUCUGGUGUCGUCGUACACCACCGCCACCGCGGCCGGUUAUUCGGUGGACUAUCACUCGGCGAUGACGCCUCCGUCGUCGGUCUCGCCAAGAGACAAGCAACAGCAACAGCAGCAGCAACAACAACAACAGCAGCAGCAGCAGCAACAGCAGCAGUUGCACCCUGUGAACGUGAUAAGCAGCUACGAGAGCUCGUCUGCGUACGCGGAUCAAGUUCUUCGUCACCAGUAUGAGCCAGCGCAACCGUUACCUCUGAAGCCCCAGGUGUACUCGGCCACCGUCCAUCCGAGUGCCCUGGACGCCGCGGCGGCAUACGCCUCGGCGGGUCUAGCGGAGCAGCCACAGUUCUAUCAUCAUCCGGCCGGCAGCGCCGGCUUCCACAUCUACCAUCCGAGUAACAAGUCGACGGCGAACGGCUGGUACACCUCGGCGUCCUAGUGGUCCCGUCCGUAAAUCCCCGCCAUCGUCAUCCGUACGCGGAACACGUGUACUUAAGCGACUGUAAUUAAAGUCCCAAAGUUCUCUCCCCUCCCCCUCUCGUGCAUAUCAGUGAUACGCUAUUACGUCGCUAUCGCGAUCACCGUAACGGCGAGCGAUCCACGUUGUCGAGAUUUUGGGAUCCGAAAAAAGAAGAAUUGUUCUUCUUCUCGGACUCGGCCGCGGAUGCGCCAAGCGCGUCCCAACAAUCGCUCUCUUCUUCAUUAUGUAGAACGAUUUUAUUGUAAUAUAAUGAAUAAAUUAUUAUAUAUGUUGAUCUUUCGGAGAUAUCUGCGUACGAGUAUGCAGUCAACUAGAACUCAUGCGUGUUCACCGUGCGUGUUCUGAAGUGAUCUGACGCGACGCUCAAGGAGGCAUAACACUAUCUAGGGUUCUCGCGAUUUAAUAUUACAUGUGAUAUAUAUAUAUAUAUAUAUAUAUAUCGGCAACCGGUGAGGAAACAACUGUUCUCACACCGCGUUAUUCAUCAAGCGCAAUUCAUCGCCAACGACGAUCGGCACUCAAGAGCGCCGAUACUUGGAGUAUUUUGUAUCUCUCAUUACAUAUAUAUAUAUACAUAUAUUUCGUUGCGCGGAUGAUUUUCGUAGAACAAACGAUACAGUCUUAACACGCUCUAGACAUUUAAUUUAGCAAAAAAAAAAAAAAAGAAACUGCUGACAAAAUUUAUCUCGAUAUCAAACCAAGUGUUUUAUAAGUAGCGUGGCAUUUUAAGAAGAAAUCGCUAUCUCUAUUAAUUCGCGCUAAAAUCUGUUUUAGUUGAAAAAAAUUUGUUGAAUCUGAAACGACUUCUUGUACUCUAAGUACGAUGUUCGUGCCCAUUCUGUUUCAAAGAGUUGGUUUGUUGCAAAAUAUUUUUUUUUUUUUUUGUUUCACACUUCGAAACUGCAGUCAAACAAAUGUUAAACAAUUCAGAACCCAUUCAUAUUCAACACUUACCGGGAUUAUUAAAUCAAUCAGAUUUUAAUAAUCAUGCCCGAGUUUUUCGACGAUCAACAAUUCACAAAGUGGUGAACAAGUGACGAGACUCUGGCAUAUAUACGAAGGGGAAAAAAAAAAUAAAAUAUGUUACUUAUUCAAAUGCGUUUACGUCAAUGCACGGAAAUACACGAUUAGAACAAUUGGAGAACACGAGUGUGAUAUUAAAAAUAGACACUUUUAUUAUUAAAUAUACGUACUGAAGAUUCUUUACUUAUUAAGAACAAGAGAUACAUUUUGUAUGUAUAUUUCUAGGGACUGCUCUACAACGAGAUAUUAUCUUUAAAGCAAACGAAUAGAUAAAAUUGUAGAUGUCGAAAAAAAAAAAAAAAAAAAAA